AUAAAUACCCAGGAAACUAGACCAACUAAAAUGGAAGCUCUCAUACGAAGUCAAAACUUUGCUCACGAUGACGAGAGAGCUUGGAUUACUUUCCAAACGUCAGUGGACGACUUACCGGAUAACCAAAUAGAUGAACGAGGUAUGCACGAUGUGAUACAAAGCCUUGAAGCUUUAGCAGACAAACUGACCGCUGAUUCUAAGCCGUCACCAAAGACUAAAGGAUGGCAAAUGGCACACUACGCCUUAGAAAAAAUAAUUUAUAUUGUUUGUCGACUGAAGAGACCAUCCAACGAAAUGCCAAAGAUAUUUUACGAGUUCAUGAUCCGUUUGCUGGAUAACAGCCUCACAGCUUUACACUUGACACUUGCUGAAGAAUGUCUCGAGAAGGGCUACUUGAAACAGAAAGAAUACAUCCAGACAUUUGACAAAGCCAAAUUGGAAGCACUACUAAAAGUUGUGUUUAAACCAAUUAAACCAGAAGAAAUACAGACUUUCAGUGACUAUGGAAAUGUUUAUUACAAAUUUUUAAAUAAGUUUUUAAAGGAAGAACUUACGGAUAGUCAAGUGAAAGAUGUUAACAGUCAACUGCUGGACUAUGCUGUGUAUUGUUUCCUGGAUUCAAUCCACUUGAAUGAACGUGUAUAUCAAAAGUUGGUAGAUACAGGUCAAACUGUGAUGUCACUUUUGAAUAAUCCAUUUUCAACCUUCAGUGAUUAUGAUAGGAUCAGAGCCUACAUCAAGAAAUGUAUAGAUGUUUUUCAUUCCGAAUCAUUUGCACCCAAUAAGACAGUAUCUAGAUUUACAUUAGAGUUUAUGGAGAGAAAAAUGAUGAAAGAUCUAGGAAAACAGGGCAAGCUUGAAGAAGUGUACAAUGAACUCUUUGAUCUUCUAAUGACGAUAUCAAAAUGUACUUAUACUUUAGAGGGAGAUAAAUAUUUGUUUGAUCUCUUUUAUGGUGCUCAAGUUUACUUUUCUAAUUUUGAAAUUAAAUCCCCGAAAGUUACUGCAGAAGUUUUUGAAAAUAUUGUGCAGAGAUUUAUUAAAGUUGUUGAAGAGAUGGACAUGAAGUUCUUAAAUCACUAUAGAUUUGCAUACAGUGUAGUAGAUGCUUUGAACAAAGUUUAUGCAAAUGAUAAACAGAAGUCAAGGUCAUGGGUUUCAAUGCUGAUUCCUCUCUUCAAAAGAAGUUGCCAAAGUACAAUAAGAGCAUGUUAUACCAUAACCAGUGAAAAUAAAGCAGUUAAAUGGAAGGAACAUGUUGACAUUGUCAGUCCAGUGUUGCAGAUAUUUCUUGCAUUCCAGCCUCCUCCAUCUGUAAAAGACAAGGAAAAGAAAGAGAAAGAUGAGAUAAAAGAAUAUUUGGACUAUUUUAAAAGAACAGCAGAAUAUUUUUUUGAUGGUUUGAAAAAAGAUAAAUUAACAAAGUCCUAUGGUAAGGAAAUGAUGGACCUUUCAUUGAAAUUUAUGAAUACAGAACAUGAAGAACUAUACAAUCUUGCUGAGAGUAUAGCAGAAAAAACUGAACUUAAUAUUAAGGAAGACAAAAAUGCUAUGAUUGAUGCUGUUAAAAGAUUCCAUGAACUCCUGAAAAAAGAAAGCUUGCCUUGGGCUUUUUAUUGGCCACUGUAUCGAGCAGCUGUUGAUUUUAUUGACAAGGCAACUGAACCAUUUAAAGAUGGUAAAUUGUUCAAAAAUGAAGACUUUGAAGUUUUUGUGUCCCUCUGUUUGACAUGUCUACAAUAUGAUUGCCUUAAUCCAGAGACUGGCUCAUUUCCAUCUGGUCAUUUUUCAAUGUUUCUGAGUAUUGUGAAACCUUUAUUUAGAUGGCUUGAAGCAUUGAAUAAGAUGGAUCUUGCAGCGCCUCUUGUGCCAGAACUUAUCAAGUGUUUGAAUGUUGAUGAUGAGAAUGUCAUAAAUUUGAUAGGUGUGUACAUCAUGAUAUAUGGACGAGUAUCAUCUGGUCAAAAUGUUGCUGCCCCUUAUUUGGAAAAUUUGAUUGUGGCAUAUCUAGAAAAAGGAAAUCAAAACCUUCUGACUGCAAUUACACAAAUUUAUCCCAGCAAUCCCAGGGCAUUUAAAAGUCACUACCAAGAUUUCAUUCAGAUGAUGGAUGACACAGGAGAGCCUAUUUUGAUUACAUAUUUAUCGCAGCUCUUUCAGCUUGUAUCAAAGAAACAGGCUGAGCUAUUUGCUAGCAAAGAUAUAGAGAUGUUAUUUAACAAGGCACAGGAGCAUGAAAAUUCACAAAUUUUAAUCAUACAAAUUCUUCAAGAACUAACUAAAAGAUGUCCAGAAAAAGUUAUAGAUCAUUUGGACAUUUUGUUUGAUAAAUCAUCAUGGGCUCAACACUCUCAUUAUUUCUUAAAUGAUAUGAUGGUCACAUUGGCUUUUUAUAGUAAGGAAGCUGCUGCUAAAGUUUUUGCAGAUAUAUUCAGCAACAUAAAAAUCAAUACAGAUAAAACAUUUUUACUUGUUGCUUUCAACUCUGUUCGAAUGAUUGGAUUUAAGUAUCAAGAUUUAUUAAAAGAAAGAAGGAAGGAACUGGAAGACUUUCAGACCACUGAUCCAGACAUUAUCCAACAAAAAAAAUUUCUGCUAGACAUGAUUGAUGGGAAAACUCCAGAGGAUAUGACAAAGCAAUUAAAAAAACAAGAAGAGGAAUUAGCCAGUUUAGUUGGAAGAGUGGAUGAAACUGAAGAAAUUCUGAAUGAAGUGAAAGUUGAUGUAUCAAAACAAAAGGAGCAAUUAGAUAAUGUCAAUAAUGAAGUGAAAGAACAGGGACAGAAAUUAACCAAUGUUGAAACCAAAAUGGAUGAAACUGUUGUUAAAGUUGAAGAAAUUGAUAAAAAGACACUAAGUCAUGCUCCUUAUUGGGCAAGAGACAUUUCCAAACUUCUAAAUCCAAAGAGUGAGCAUGAUUGGAGGCUAUUGAGCAGUCGCUUAGGUUACAACAAUGAAGAUAUUAGAGGUUGGGCUCAACAAGCAGAUCCUUGUAUGGCUUUACUGAAUGAAUGGUACACAACUCAUAAGACAAGUGAAGCAACUCUGGCUGUUUUAACACAACUUCAAGAAAUGGACAGACUUGAUGCUGCUGCCAUUGUGGAGAAUGCUAUGAAAAAUGCUGAAGCAGUUGUUGAAGAUGAAGAGUUUGUGUAUCCCUCCCCUCCCCCAAUCUUCAUCAGCUACCAGUGGUCACACCAAGCAGAAGUUAAACUGUUAAAACAACAUUUAGAAAUGGCUGGCUAUGAGUGCUGGCUGGACAUUGGUCAGAUGGGAGGGGGAGAUAAACUAUUUAAAAAGAUUGACACUGGAAUCAGAGCAGCUAAAGUUGUCAUCAGUUGUGUCACUAGUAAUUAUGCCAAGUCUCCAAACUGUAACAGAGAGGUCAACCUGUCAGUAAGCCUCAACAAACCCAUAAUACCAUUAUUACUGGAACAAUGUCCAUGGCCACCACCUGGCUCUAUGGGACCAAUAUUUAGUGAAUAUUUAUUUAUCCGAUUCUUCCAACGAACUGGAGAGGAAAUGUCUGACCAGAGAUAUUGGGCCAAAGACAAAUUCCAAGAACUUUUAAUGCAACUAAAUGUGGUUGGAGUUCCUCCUGAUGAAACCAAAGUACAACCAGAAUAUAAAAAAUGGUGGAUUCCAGUUGUCCAAGAAAUUACAAUAGACAAAAGUAAAACCAAAAAUGGUGGAACAGUAGCAGAAGUGGUGCAGUCUGAUUUGGAUAAAAUUGCAUCAGACUCCCCAGACAUUUUCAUUUCUUACCAGUGGGGGAAACAGAAGAAUAUAAUCAAAUUGUAUGAACGACUGACCUCCCUUGGCUUUAGCUGCUGGCUGGACAUCAAACAAAUGGGUGGAGGAGAUUCACUGUAUGACAAAAUUGAUAGAGGCAUUAGAGGCUGUAAGGUAGUUUUGUCAUGUGUCACACAGAAGUACUCACUGUCAGCCAACUGUCGUCGUGAAGUCAGUCUGACUGAUGCUCUUAAGAAACCAAUGAUUCCAUUACUACUGGAGAAGAUGACCUGGCCACCAAGUGGACCCAUGAGUAUGGUCAUGACACAAUUAGUCUACAUUAAUUUUUCUAAGGACGAAUCAAUUCAAAUGACAUGGGAUGGUCCAGAAUUCAAUGACUUAUUAAAUCAAAUAAAACAACAUAUUCCAAACAAAGUGACUCCAAUGACUUCAACAGAAGUAGCAAAGUCUACCUCCAGUAUAGUCUCUCCAUCAACCAAGACAACACAGAACACAUUGAAACCAGCUUCACCUUUACAGAAACCAGAGAGGAAAAAUUCACACCCCACAAAACCAUCACUAGUAACACUAAAAGCACAGCCUAAAAGUAACCAAAUACAAAAACUUCCUUCUCCUGUAGCAUCUCCUCCAUCAACUGCAUCUUCUCUUUCCAAACAAGAUUCUGUUAAAAAAUCUGACCCUUCUGUCAGAGCACCACUCACUAAACCGCUUAUUAAACCAUUACCUUCUUCAAAACCUUUGAAAUCAAACAGACCACCAAAGGCAGAACAAAAUGAUACAAGUAAAAAUAUUGCUCUUAUCACAAGGCCAACAUCGAAAACUAUUUUAAAGCCAAUAUCAGCUGAUGCUAAACCAGCCACACAGCCAGCCAAGCAAAUUGCACCAUUCAAGCCACCAGAUAAAGCUAAACCAGCAACAAACAUUCAGCAAAGGCCUGGACGGCCUUCCAGGCUUCCUCCAAUAGAACAACAAAAUAGUGCAAAGACAUCUUUAGCAACUGUAAAGAAAGUUUAAUUUCAAAUUUUUAUUUGAGAAUUUCUUGUUUUCAUUAAGUGAAAAUAUUUAUACUGAGAAGUACUUAUUUUACAGUAGACUUUGUAAAAAGUAUUUUUUUUCAUAUUAACUUUGGUAAAUUUUAUUUAUUUGAAUAAUUUAUUUUUUUUCAUUAUUCAAGCUAUACCUUUGAUUCUCAUUGCAUUUGCUUAUUUAAAAAAUAUGUUUUGUUAAAUCUGUGAAAAAAAAAGUAAAAUUUGCUUCUUAAAUCUGCCAUUGUUCUAUUGUUGCAUUGUGAUAAGUUUAUGCCAUUGUAUAAUUCAUGUUAAUUUUAGAUUAAAAACAAAAGACUACAUGGUGCAAAGUAGGAAUGGUAUUUUACAUUGUAUGUAAUGUAUAUAGAAGUCUAUUGUUAGUAAGUCUACUAUUUAUGCCAAUAAAAAUAUAACUACGAAAAUAAAUCUAAAUAAUGUUUUAAAAAAGGAGA